UCCACUGUUCUAGUUUAAAAUACAAAUUCUACUUAGAGUUAUGAUUUAAGGCUAUGGUACUAUUAAGGUAUUAACCACAAAAUAGUUGUAAAAAAGUUAAAUUUUAGUUAUUAGGUCUGUGGUUAGAGCUUUUAAUUGUAUAUUUUAUUUCUUAGAUUUUAACUAAAAAAAUAUUCUAGUACAUAAUAAUAAUUUAAAUUAAAUUAUGACAGCCAUCAAAACGGUAAAGUAUAACUUUAAUUAUUUUCAUAACUUCUUGUCAGCGUACAUUAAGACUGAAUCCGUAAGGUAUGAAUGAUGAAAAUUUUAAUUAUGAUAUGGACCACCAAUCAACUGAAGAAACUGAAGUAACAGAAGAUUUAGAAGAAGCUAGUGAUGCUGUAAAAUCAAUAGUACUUGAAAACCGUGAAGAAAAUGAGAUAACAAUUCAUGGUGAUCAAAGAGUUUGGGUGAAACCUUUGGAUGAAUUGUUUACAGAUCAAAUUAAAGAAGAAAUAUCCGAAUGUGAGUACCAAACCAUUAUAGAUGUUAAAGAUGAAAUAGAAGAAAUAGAAGAAAUAGAAGAAGAAGAAAUCAAAAUACAACCACCAAUAGUAUGUGAGCCAAUUCAACCACCUCCACCACCACCACCAGCAAUUGACAUUCAAGUAAAAAAAAUUGCUUUACCAAAACUUAAUUUCAAAACAGUGAAAAAACCUAGAGGACGAAUGGGUCGUAGACCUAGACCUAUACUGCCCAUGACCCAACCCAUAGCUUCAGCAAGUACUUCACAUUUGGAGCAAGCUCAGCAUCAGAUUAUUAUGCCUUCUCCUCAAAUGCCUGGGAUUGCUUAUCAAAUUUUUCUGGGCGAUCAUAGUAAAAACUCAAACAACCCUGUUCAGUAUACAAUGUUACAACCACGACCAGUGUUUUUACAACAAACUUCGACACCUGUUACCACUCCGUCAUCAGUGAUGAUUAGCCAACCUUAUCCAGUGACUCGGUCACAGGUUUCAACUCCUAAAAUUCCCAAAAUUGCUCCCAAAAGCUCUAUGGUCAGUCAAACUUAUUGUUCAUUUUGUUAUAAACUUUUUAAGAAUGUAAAGGAACAUGUUAAAGAGUGUUGGGCAAAUCCAGCUAGUAAAAGCUAUAAAUUCAGAAAAAUUGCACCAUCUACUCCUUUAUGAACAAUUUUUUUAAAAUGAUGUGUAAUAAUAGUUUUAAUAGUUUUUUUUUUAUUUUACAAUUUAUUUAUUACUGUAUCUAUAUAGACAUUUAAACAAAUUUAAAAUCUG